GUGACGUACUUCCUCUACAACUCGGCUCGAGCUAAUCGACAUCUAAACAAGCCGAGCCUCGAGAAAACAAACAUCAAAUUGUCGACGUCUGAGCAAUUUUUUUUUUAUUACAUCAGCAACAACUUCAUCUGAACAUCGUAACACUCGCAAAGCAACAUGCCUCAGAACGAGCACAUCGAGCUGCACCGCAAGCGGCACGGCUACCGCCUGGACUACCACGAGAGGAAGCGCAAGCGGGAGAGCCGCGAGGCCCACAGCCGCUCGCGCAAGGCCCGCAAGACGAUCGGCCUCAAGGCCAAACUCUACCACAAGCAACGGCACGCCGAGAAGAUCCAGAUGAAGAAGACCAUCAAAAUGCACGAGCAGAGGAAGACCAGGCAGAAGGACGACGAGAAGACCCCCAAGGGCGCCGUGCCCGCCUACCUGCUGGACCGCGAGGGUCAGACCCGGGCCAAAGUUCUCUCCAACAUGAUCAAGCAGAAGCGCAAAGAGAAGGCGGGCAAAUGGGAGGUGCCGCUGCCCAAGGUGCGAGCCCAGGGCGAGACGGAGGUUCUGAAAGUCAUCCGGACCGGCAAGCGGCAGAAGAAGGCCUGGAAGAGGCUGGUGACCAAAGUUUGCUUCGUGGGCGACGGCUUCACGCGGAAACCCCCCAAAUACGAGCGCUUCAUCAGACCCAUGGGCCUGCGCUUCAAGAAGGCGCACGUGACGCACCCCGAGCUGAAGGCCACCUUCUGCCUUCCCAUCCUGGGCGUGAAGAAGAACCCGUCGUCGCCGCUCUACACCUCGCUGGGCGUCAUCACCAAGGGCACCGUGCUGGAGGUCAACGUCAGCGAGCUGGGCCUGGUCACGCAGGGAGGCAAAGUCGUGUGGGGUAAAUACGCACAGGUGACGAACAACCCCGAGAACGACGGCUGCAUUAACGCGGUCCUGCUGGUUUAAGACACUUUAUUCCUAAAAAACUAAAGACUGCCUGGUCAGGACGUGCUGCUCGUGAGGACUUGGGGAAUGUUUGUCUAAACUGUCAAACAUUUUGAUACCAAUAAAGUUGAUGUUGAAACACA